AUGGCAGUACCCGAGGAAGCACCAAGUGAGAAAGUGGCAGCGACAGCAGCACUUGAGCAAAGCGUCUCAACAAGCAAAGAGCUGCAGAACAAGGCACAACUCGCCACGGAACACGAGAAAUCACUCGGGUUUCUCCAGGCUCUUCGACUUUAUCCCACCGCAGCAGGCUGGUCUGUGUACUUCUCACUGGGGAUUCUGAUGGCAGCGUUUGACCCGCAAAUUGUGGGGAAUCUGUUUGCUACAGGUGCCUUUCAGAAGGACUUUGGAUAUCAAUUCGAAGAUGGAUACAUCAUCUCGGCACCGUGGCAGACAGGUCUCAUGAUGGGGAGUCCUAUUGGACAGGUCGUUGGUGCUUUGUUCGCUGGCUAUCCUAUGGAUUGGUACGGACGAAAGAAAACAUUCAUGGCGUGUGUAUUUGCCACCACCGGCCUGAUCUUCCUACAAUUCUUCGCUCGAUCGCUAUCCGUGCUCUUGGCGGGAGAAUUGCUCGGCGGUCUAGUCCUAGGAUGCUACGUCGUCAUCGCACCAGCAUAUGCGUCUGAAGUAUGUCCCGUAGCCAUGAGAGGUAUCCUCACCGCAUUCGUCAACCUCUGCUUCGUCACUGGCCAAUUGAUUGCCAAUGGCGUGGCAGCCGGAACGCAGAAGAUCGACAACCACUGGGCAUAUUCAACCCCUUUUGCUAUCCAGUGGCUGUGGCCGCUCUUCAUCUUUGUUGGCAUGCCAUUCGCUCCUGAAUCGCCCUGGUGGCUGGCACGAAAAGGCGACUACGAGGGUGCGGAAAAAGCGUUGCGUAAGCUUUCCUCCUCCAAGAUCGAUGUCAAGUCGACGCUGGCCAUGAUUAUCGAGACCGAUCGGCUUGAGCGUGCAAUGGAGGCGGGAAGCACGUACUGGGAUUGUUUCAAGAAAAUCAACAGGCGCAGAACUGAGAUCGCGUGUGGAGUCUACUCUAUCCAGGUGCUGAGUGGGAUUUAUAUGGUGGGAUACGCGACCUAUUUCUUCCAGUUGGCCGGUCUGGCUGGGGAUAAAGCUUUCAACAUGGGCAUCGGAUAUCUAGCUCUCGGAUGGGUCGGGACGGUUUCAUCAUGGUUCCUGCUCGUGAGGUAUGGACGUCGACGAAUCUAUAACACAGGCUUGGCUAUUCUGGCGACCAUCAUGAUCAUCGUGGGCAUCUUAGAUUGUGCACCGAACUACAUCAACCGUCCUGCUAUCAUCUGGGCGCAAUCAUCCUUGAUGAUCCUGUGGAAUUUCUUCUUCGACAUCUCCAUCGGGCCCGUCGCUUACGUGCUCUUCUGCGAAGUGUCGGCGACGCGCGUGCGCAGCCGCACCAUCGCCUUCGCGACCGCCGUCCAAGCGACCGUCGGCGUCGUGAUGACCGUCGCGAUCCCCUACAUGAUCAAUCCAGACCAAGCGAACAUGCGCGGCAAACUGGGCUUUUUCUUCGGCGGCAUCUCCUUCAUCUGCCUGAUCUGGGCAUACUUCCGGAUUCCCGAGACCAAAGGGAGAACCUUCGAGGAGCUGGAUAUCAUGUUUGAGCGUGAGGUGCCCACCAGGGAGUUUAAGGGCUAUGUCGUUGAUUUGAAUGAUUCUGUGAGGGAUAUGAGGGACCUUUGA